AUGUCGCCCCCCCAACCCCCCCUCCCAGUGCCAAUGUGCGAACGGCCCGGGGGUUGGGGGGAUAUAAGCGCGGGGCUCCCUGUCAAAGCCACAGCAUUUCACACUCUGAACUGGACAACUGCAGAUCUCCACCAGCUUCUGCAGCCUCAGGACUUCUUCAGCUUCAGAGCUCCUUACAAUUUGGAGUCCCUCCAGCUGUGGACCCUCUGCGGAUCUUCUCCAAUUUUAGACCUUCCCAGCUUCUCCAGCUUUCUUCCAGCGCUCAGGGCUCGAGCUCCAAUGGCCCCGUGCCUUGUUCUGUGCGCGCUCCUGCUCGCGGUGGCUGAGGGCUUUACCCAUGAAGACAUGAAGGGCGUCAUGCUGAAGCAGCUGGGACUCAGCGAAGUGCCGAGGAUCCACAAGCGGGACGUGGAGAACCUCGUGGUCCCGGCGCACAUCAAGACCAAAUACCUGAACCUGCUGAAGGUCCACAACAAGAGGCGGCGCCGCUCCCUGCCCAGUCUGGCGGGCAUUCUGAGGGGCAUCCCCGGCAAUGCAGAUAUUUCAGGAGAGUUCGUGUACUCGGACACGACGCGGCAGCGGGUGGUCUUCGAGAUGGACUCGAGGAUUCCGGAGAACAGCGAGGUGACCAUGGCUGAGCUGAAGCUCUACAAGAAAGCGCCGCACAAGCGCUCCAUGCCCGUGAGGAAGGGCCAGCGGCCAGUCAACAACGCGCGGGUCAGCAUCUACUGGGUGGAGGUGCUGGAGAGCGGCGGGAACAGGACCUCUCUGGUGGACUCCAGGUUGAUUCCCAUUCACGAGACCGGCUGGAAGAGCUUUGAUGUGACCCAGGCGGUGCAUUAUUGGUCCAAGAGUCAGCAGAAGACCCCCAUGCACCUGGAGGUGUGGAUCGAGGGUGAGAGGCCGGGCAGCUACGCGGCUGAGAUGGCCAAAAGUGUCCAGUUCACUGGUCAGGACCCGAGCGAUAACACUCUGGGCAAACCAGAGCUGGUCCUCUACACACUGAACCUGGAAGAGUAUGGCUCUAAUGGGGACUGUGCGGGGGGCAGCGCUGGGGGUCGCUGCUGCAGGGAGGAGUACUUCAUCAACUUCCGCGCGCUCACCUGGACCCAGUACUGGAUCAUCGAGCCGGCGGGCUAUCAGGCGUUCCGCUGCGGGGGGCGCUGCCGGCAGCCCGAGCGGAGCUACGGCUACGGAGAGCGGAGGUGCGCCGUGGCCGAGAGCGCCCCGCUGCCCAUGAUGUACCUGGUGAAGAAGGGAGACUACACCGAGAUAGAGGUGGCCGAGUUCCCCAACAUGAUCGUGGAGAAGUGCGGCUGCGCAGUGGACAACAUCUCGGUGGUGUGA